AAGUUAUAAAAAUCCAUAUAAGAGGAUAAUUGGCAACAAGAGUCAAAAAGCUUGAAAAUCAAAGACACCAAAUAAGAACACAUGCUCAUAGUUAUGUGAAUUGAAAAUAAUAAAAUUGCCGGCACCUGACCUUUUCAAAGCUCCUUCUCUUACAAAGUUCCUAUACGCUGUAGCCUUAACCAUUCAUUCCAAGCGUAUGCCAAAUUAACAUGCUUUCCAUUUUCUUCUUUCUUUUUUCCUUUUCUCUAAUCCUUUUCUUCUUCCGUAAAACCUCUGCACUUUACAUCCUCAACCAAUGGUUCAUCUCCUUCGAAAAUCGCCUUCACAUUCACCAGUCCUUCAAAAUUCCUCGCUACAACCUUCAUGGACAGGAAAAUCAACUCUACCGCCAAAUUCUCACUUACCUCGAUUCUCUUCCUUCCGUUCAAGACUCCGAUUACACCAACCUCUUCUCUGGCCCCAAUCCCUCCGACAUCUUCCUCCACCUCGACCCUAACCACACCGCUCACGAUAACUUCCUCGGCGCAAAGCUCUCCUGGACAAACGACGCCUCUGCCUCCGCCGCCGGCGCGCUAGUCCUCCGAAUCAAGAAGAAAGAUAAGCGCCGAGUCUUCCGGCAGUACUUCCAGCACAUUCUCUCCGUCGCCGACGAGGUCGAGCAGCGCCGGAAAAAGGACAUAAAGCUAUACGUGAACUCCGGCGCCGGCGAGUGGCGCUCGGCGCCGUUCACGCAUCCGGCUAGCUUCGACACGGUGGCGAUGGAAGCGGAGCUGAAGAACAAGGUGAAGUCCGAUCUGGACCAGUUCAUGAAGUCGAAGCAGUACUACCACCGCCUGGGCCGUGUUUGGAAGCGGAGCUACCUCCUCUACGGCGCGCCUGGCACGGGAAAAUCGAGCUUCGUUGCCGCCAUGGCGAAGUUCCUUUGCUACGACGUCUACGACGUGGACGUGUCGAAGUUCAGCGACGGCGGCGAUUGGAAGUUGAUGCUGAUGCAAACGACGGCGAAGUCUCUCAUCGUGAUCGAGGACCUCGAUCGCUUGCUCGCACAAAAGUCAAACACAAACACAGCGAGUUUAUCGAGCGUGUUGAACUUCAUGGACGGAAUCGUAUCGUGCUGCGGAGAAGAGCGCGUGAUGGUGUUCACGAUGAACGAAACUAAAGAGGAUGUUGAUCAAGCGGUUCUGAGGCCUGGGAGGGUUGACGUUCACAUACACUUCCCCUUAUGUGAUUUCUCCACCUUUAAGAUUCUAGCCAGUAGUUACUUAGGGUUGAAGGAGCACAAGCUUUUCCCUCAGGUCGAAGAGGUUUUUCAGACCGGGGCCCGGCUCAGCCCGGCCGAGGUUGGCGAGAUUAUGAUAUCCAACCGGAAUUCCCCGACACGGGCCUUGAAAACCGUUAUUUCGGCCCUGCAGGUCCACUCCAACGCCCCCAGAGAUGGACAGAGGUUGAGCCAUAGCGGGUCGGGUCGGAACAGCGAUGAUAGCGAUCCGGGUACGGUUAUAUGUAGGGAGAGCCUCCACACCGUGAGGGAGUUCCGUAAAUUGUAUGGGCUUUUGCGGUUGGGAAGUCGGAGGAAGGACGAGUCUUAUUCGGGGCCCAUCGACAAAGAGCCUCAACGUAUCGAUGGUCGGGUCGGAUAAAAUGGGUCCUUUUUUUUUUUAAUGUAAAGUUGUUUCCUAAUUUUCCACUGAUUUUUUUUUAAUUACAUUUUUUUCAGUUAGCAAUUAUAUUGUAUCUACACACAGCAGUAAAAGUCCAAAGAAUCUGCAAUUCGUAUUCUUGUUUAGUCCCUUCAAAAGAACACAAAUACAUGCUUCACUUAUUCUUUAAAUUCCUUUCUACGGUCAACAUCUUUAUGUGUGGUU